ACCAUGUCCUUGAAGAUCCAGACAAGCAAUGUAACCAACAAGAAUGACCCCAAGUCUAUCAAUUCUCGGGUCUUCAUUGGAAACCUCAACACAGCUGUGGUGAAGAAGUCGGAUGUGGAGACCAUCUUCUCCAAGUAUGGCCGCGUGGCCGGCUGUUCUGUGCACAAAGGCUAUGCCUUUGUCCAGUACGCCAACGAGCGCCACGCCCGGGCAGCUGUGCUGGGAGAGAACGGGCGGGUGCUGGCCGGGCAGACCCUGGAUAUCAACAUGGCUGGAGAGCCCAAGCCCAACAGACCUAAGGGGCUAAAGAGAGCAGCAUCUGCCAUAUACAGUGGCUACAGCUUUGACUAUGAUUACUACCGGGACGACUUCUACGACAGGCUCUUCGACUAUCGGGGCCGCCUGUCACCUGUGCCAGUGCCCAGGGCAGUCCCUGUGAAGCGACCCCGGGUCACAGUCCCCUUGGUCCGGCGCGUCAAAACCACCAUACCUGUCAAGCUCUUUGCCCGCUCUACAGCCAUUACCGCCGGCUCAGCCAAGAUCAAGUUAAAGAGCAGUGAGCUGCAGACCAUCAAGACAGAGCUGACACAGAUCAAGUCCAACAUCGAUGCUCUGCUGGGCCGCUUGGAGCAGAUUGCCGAGGAGCAGAAGGCCAACCCAGAUGGCAAGAAGAAGGGCGACAGCAGCAGUGGCAGUGGCGGGGGCAGUAGUGGUGGCGGCAGCCGGCCGCCAGCCCCCCAAGAGGACACGGCUUCUGAGGCAGGCACGCCCCAGGGAGAAGCCCAGGCCCGGGACGACGGCGACGAGGAGGGGCUGCUGACGCACAGUGAGGAGGAGCUGGAGCACAGCCAGGACACAGACGUGGAGGAUGGGGCCUUGCAGUAAGCAGCCUGACAGGAGCGAUGGCCACCGGCAGGAGAAGGGCGUGCACUGUACCAGGCCUAAAGCUGGGCACCCGCCCCUGGAGACCACCCCCAGCGGGUCCCAGGAGAGCCGGCCGCAGGCACCUCCUCCCGCACACAUCCCAGCCAGUGCCGCAUCCUCUGCAGGUGGAGUUACUGGCCACCCCUCCCCUCACGCCCUCCCUGUUGCCACCGCCCAGGCCAGAGGGCAGCGCACAGAGGUUUCCCCACACUCUACCUCCCCUCCCAGGACACUCCCAGGCUUGGGGUUUUUCUAUAGGUUUGGAGAGGGGAGGGUCCCAGGGAGGGUACCCUGACAAUAAAGAGAUUGGAUCCCAA